GAUAUCCAAUAAAAAUAACACAACAUGAGCGAACAAAAAAAAAAGAAACUUCCAUUUGUGUUCAAGAGGAUUGUGUUAGAUGACGACGAGGCAGGUAUUGAAACAGAUGCCGGCGUGUUAUGCGAGGUUAUGAUAAAUGGUACAAAAAACAUCUCAUAUGUUCCCAAAAGUUUUCUGUCAAGCCUGGGUAUUGAACUGCCUAAGAACUUGCACGAUAAAGAAAAUUGCUCGUCCAAAACAGUUGAUACUUCCGGGGAUAACCUAGAACGUGACGUUAGUAUACAAGCAUCUGGCAGCACGACUGCUAUUCGGACUGUUUCGCAUGUAUUGCUGCCAACGUUCAAUAGCUCCAAUGCUACUGUGAAGUGGGAUGACCAUGAUACCAAAAUGAUGCUCAAUCUGUACGCCGAAAACUUGAACCACGUUGGACCAUUCAAAAAGUUCAAAACAAAAAAAAAAGAUGUGGGAACACAUUGCGGUUGACAUUUCAACAACCUUCAGUAAAUAUGUAAAUGGUCAACAAUG